UGAACAUAAAACACUUGAUGAACAAUAUCAGAUGGGGUGGAAAGACCGGACUUACAUGUUAUGUCACCCUGAGAAAUCUGUUCAACAGCACACUGGAGAGAAGCAAGACGUCAUGCAGUAACUGGCACUCACAGGCUAUCCUCCUGCCAUGGCCCACGCAGGCCCAGAGAUGCACUGGAGAUGGUUGGAGCUCCAUGACUCUGUGUCUAUGGGGUCUGUGGAGAGGAAGGUCCGGACAGCUGCAGGAACAAGACAGUGGAGGAUUCACCGUCGACCCAAACCCAGGCACACUCUCUUGGAUGAGCGGAGGCUGCACUAUGCUGCUUGGGAGGGUUGUCUGGAGCAAGUCAGGGCCUUGCUGGAACGUGGGGUGCCUGCUAACUGCCAGGACCCGUAUGGUUGGACAGCUGUCCACCACGCCUCUUUCAAGGGUCAUCUCAUGCUGAUCAAGUUCCUGUUGCAAACCGGCCAGGUGGAGGUAAACAGCCAAGACUUCUUCAAUUGCACUCCCCUGCACCGCUCUUGCAGCGGAGGGAACCCCGAGACCACAGCCUUCCUCCUCCAGAAGGGGGCAUCACAUUCAGUAAGGUCCUGCUCUGGCCAGACGCCCCUUCACCUGGCUGCAGCCAGAGGACACCUGGGCACGGCACGGGUUUUGCUCCAGCACUUGGCUUCACCGAACCCCCAGGACUUUCAUAAGUGGACACCCCUGCAUUGGGCAGUUUUUGGAGGCUGGGGGGACGUGGCGGAGCUCCUGCUAGAUAAUGGGGCAGAUGUGGAGGGAGGAAAAGGUGUGGGCAUGAGCCCUCUGCAGCUGGCAGUGUUGACAGGGAAUGAGGCAGGGGUGAGACUGCUGCUGCACCGAGGGGCAGAUGCCAAUAUGAGGGGUCCUAAUGGGCGCACAGCCAUGCACCUUUGUGCCUGCUCUGGAGACAAGAAGAUCCUCCAGCAGCUGUUAACAGUAGGGGCCAAGGUUGAUGUCAGGGAUGGAGAUGUGGCAUCUCCGCUGCAUCUGGCUGCCCGCAGUGGCUCCAGGGCUGUAGUGCACUUGUUGAUUCUGAAUGGAGCAGGACUUGAGGACAGGGACAACCUCAAAAUGACACCACUGCACUACUCAGCACUCAGGGAUAAUGUUGAGGCUGCCAAACUCUUGCUGCAUUACGGGGCAGAUGUGAAUGCUGUGGAGAGGCUCGGACAGACACCUUUGCACCUGGCCUCAGAGAGGGGUCACUGCAAGGUCUUCAAGGUUCUGCUAGACAAAGGUGCUGAUCCUGAACUAAGAAGCAGCUGGAGGGAGACAGCAGAGGACGUUGCAAGGACACACAAUCAGCUAGACAUCAUCCAGCUCCUUCAGCAACACCAGACUGUCAGGAUGAGCGAUCGAGCUCAGGACAGUGUGCAUAGAUAGAAGAAAAAACAGAGAAUUAAAGGGAUAGUUCACCCAAAAAUGAAAAAAAUACUCCAUGAUUUACUCACCCUCAAGCUAUCCUAGGUGUAUAUGACUUUCUUCUUUCAGAAGAAUACAAUUAGAGAUAUAUUAAAUGUCCUGGUUCUCCUAAGCUUUAUAAUGGCAGUGGAUAGAGGAUGAGUUUUUGGAGCCCAAAAAAGUGCAUCCAUCCAUCAUAAAAGAUAUCCACACGGCUCCAGAGGGUUAAUUAUGGCCUUCUGAAGUGAAGUGAUGCAUUUGUGUGAAAAAAAUGUCCAUAUUUAAAACUUCAAUAACUGGCUUCCGGCAGAUGGUCGUACGCACGUCGACUUACGCCAAAAGAGUAACCCUUGAUGCGAUAUAGAAGUAGCGUAAGCUUUGACGCCUCUCGCCUAUCUUUAAAAAUUCUCGUUUUAGACUUCUAAUUCGUGACCGGUGUUUUGUUUUGCUCUCUCCUCUGCGCUUCCGCAUUCGUCAGUGCGUCAUGUGUCAGGUCAGAGUUCACUCUUUCGCCGUAAAUUGAUGCAUACAGACGUCUUUCGGAAGCUAAUUUUUUUUGUUUUUAAAGUUUUAAAUAUGUGGGGUUUUUUUUUUUAUACAAACACAUCGCUUCAGAAGGCCGUUAUUACACGGGGAAGUGUAGUAAUCUUUAAUGAUGGAUGGUUGCACUUUUUUGGGCUUCACAAUCUCAUCCUUUAUUUACUGCCAUUAUAAAGCUUAGGAGAGCCAGGACAUUUAAUAUAACUCUGAUUGUAUUCCUCAGAAAGAAGAUAGUCAUACACAUGGCUUGAGGGUGAGUAAAUCAUGGGGUAAGUUUCAUUUUUGGGUAAACUAACCCUUUUUACGGCCUGAUCACACAGAGGAUAACUAUAACGAUAAAUAAGUUUAAAUAAUCUUUCUUAUUCCACACCACAACUAUAACGAUACAGAGGAACAAUAUUGAUGGAAUCACUUUCAAAACUAUUUUUUUCUAGCUGAUAAAUGAUAAAAAUGAUGGUGGAAUUGAAGUCUUGUGAUUGUAGUUUAGUUUUAGCUUUUUACUUUAGGCUUCUUCAUAAAAGUUGUUCAGUUUUGAAGAUUAUCAUGAUGAACAAAACGUGUGAGAAUAGUAAAUGUUUGUCGGUCACACAGUUUAUAUUCUUCAACAAUCGAUCCUAUUGGAAUUUUGUCAAGGGAACGAGGGUGAUGCUUACUUGUUGAUGGUUGGCCUACAAAAAUACAUCACCCCUGCAGCACUCUAUUGACAGCCAAUCAGAAUCCACCUGAGAUCGAGCAGACAACUUAACUGCAGCACACACUUAUAACAGAAUGUUACCAUGCGUUGAUGUGGAUGCUAAUGUAGUUAUUGUUAUCUUCAUCGUGUGAACCGGCCUUAAACAACAGUUCCAGUCCACUGAUUUGAUUGAACAAGUGGCAUAGUUUAUAUUUUGUAUAAAUGUGUGGUCACAUUUACUGUUUCACAAAUAUUCAUGGUCGAAAUCGAGUAAUUUUUAUAGGAAUAUGCACAAUCAGGAAUUUAGCUUGAGGGCAAAAGAUUUCCCCUUGCAGGUUUCGCUCGGGUUCAUGUUGAUCAUGCAAAUUCACGAUGUUGACCAACAGAAAGCUGCUUGGUUUGAAAGUGACUUCUUUCAGAGCUGUGACCUUUGUGCCCGUGAAUUUUACUGAAAUUUCUCUAAUGUGACUUUACCUUAACAGAAGUGGAACUACGGUUUGUACCUGAUCUUCCCUAACAAAACUUUGCCAUGGUAAACAUAAUUUCUGUCAAAAUGCCAUAGCUAUGACUGGGGCCAUUGCUAGAAAUCACAGGGGAUGGAACAAAAUUGAGGUUUAUUCUUAAGUUGUUUUCUUUUUCUAUUUUGAACAGUGGUGGAUAAAACUUCCAGUAGUACAUUUAGUGCCUAUAGUGUUGUUGCAAAGUAUGAUUAGCAACUUAUAUUUUUAAGGGUCUACAGAAAUAAAAUCCUCUUCAACAAUCUGA